AUGCACACAAUCGCUUCCCUCCUCAUGACCUUCGUCUUGGCUGCCCCCCUGGCUUCAGCCAUGCGAGUCAGCAUCUACCAAGGAAAGCAAUGCCGCAGCGCCAAUCUCGGAUCUUUCGAGGUCAACGCCGGCGAUGGCUGCCGCAACGACCGUGUCGGAACCGGCCAGUCUCUGGUGAUCCAACCUCCCGAGAACGAGGACGCCGAAAACCCGUACAUGUUGGUGCUGUUCAGCUCCGACAACUGUAACCCGGCGACCAUAAUCACCGCCAAAGACAAGGGCUGCUUGUCUAUCGAGGACAAGAACUACGGCUCUUUCGAGGUUUGGGAUGUCAUGAACGACUAUCCUCGCAGACUAAGGAAGAUUAAGUUCGCUUUAUGGGACACUGAGUAG